CAAAAAUAUGGAUUCACAAAAGACUCCCGUCAAACUCGCUAGAGUGAUCAAGGUUCUCGGCCGCACCGGUUCUCGUGGUGGUGUGACUCAAGUUCGUGUUGAAUUCAUGGAUGACACCAACCGUAGCAUUAUCCGUAACGUUAAGGGUCCCGUCCGCGAAAACGAUAUUCUUUGCCUCUUGGAAUCCGAACGUGAAGCUCGUCGUCUCCGUUAAAUAUCAUAAAACUAUAACAACAAACGACAGCAAUAACUAUAACAAACGACCUACAUCAUGACAUCAACAAAGAUCGAUCUAAUGGUAUUCUCCUUCUUUUUUUUGAUGACAUUGUAAUUCUCAAUAAAAUAAAAUAAAAAAGGUCAAUCCUGUUUUUACUUUGUUUGAUU